ACUUGUGCUAAAGACUGGUUCUACUUCAACCGCUCAUGCUAUCGAGCUUAUAACACGCAACUGUCUUGGUUUUACGCAAGAGCCGCUUGCCUGGAAAACGGAGGGGAUCUGCUCAGCAUAAACUCUGAUGGAGAGCAGCAGUUCGUGUACCGACGCAUGGCAGUCAACAAAACGUUCUGGAUCGGCCUGGUGAAAGAUCAAAGUUCUAAAAAUUUCCGCUGGUCGAAAGGCGAGGAGCUAGCUUAUCUGAACUGGAUUCGUCACCCGAACAUUUCGGGUCCUGAGGAUUGCGGUGAGAUGACAGACUAUGGUUCAUUUCACGGCAAGUGGAACGACAAUAGCUGCUCCAAAAAACAGCCAUACAUCUGUGAAAAAGGUUAA